UUUGAACGCAGAGGAACGUGCGCUGUGACUGACUUCCGUGAUAAAAGUGAGCAAUAAACGUCUCGAGCACUUUAGCCGCUUCAGAAAAGUCCUUCUAACCUCCGCAGCGGAGAGGCUGCGCGUCCAUGAGGGAAGUGAAGUAGAAUCUUCUCUCGCAGCAGCAUGAGUCUACGGGAGAUCAGUGAGAAUGUGAAGCUGGCGCGGGAGUACGCUCUGCUGGGGAACUACAGCUCAGCCAGUGUUCUGUACCACGGCCUGCUGGACCAGAUCAAGAACUACAUGUACACCGUAAGGGACGGCGGCGUUCAUCAGCGAUGGCAGCAGCUGUGGCAAGAAAUCAAUGAAGAGAGCCGGCAAGUUCAGGACAUCAUGUCCACUCUGCAGAGCUUUCAGCUGGACACGGCGCCCGCUAAACCCUCCAACCAUGACGACUUUGAAAUGAGGCCAGCACAUGUGGAACCAAGACACUCUCCUGGCCCCGUCAGGCGCUCCAACUUUCAUAAGGAGAGCAAACCCUCCAACCACCGGCUGAGCGCCGCCGUGAGGCCCCACCAGAAGCAGUCCCAGCGGGGGGCCAACGGGGCCGGGGGCCGAGCCUCCAAGACCAAAGAAAAGAAGGAAUCAAAGGAGGUGAAGGAGGCUGGCAGCAAAGCCAAGGACGACAAGGAGAAAGAGGUGAAAAAGUUUGACGGUACAGGAUACGACAAAGACCUAGUGGAAGCCCUGGAGAGAGACAUCAUAUCUCAGAAUCCCAGUGUGAAGUGGGACGACAUUGCGGAUUUGGAAGACGCCAAAAAACUGCUGAAAGAAGCGGUGGUGCUGCCGAUGUGGAUGCCUGCUUUCUUCAAAGGCAUCAGGAGACCAUGGAAGGGUGUUCUCAUGGUGGGCCCUCCAGGAACGGGGAAGACUCUGCUGGCCAAGGCCGUCGCCACGGAAUGCAGGACUACUUUCUUCAACGUGUCUUCGUCCACACUGACCUCCAAGUACAGAGGAGAGUCGGAGAAGCUGGUUCGCCUUCUGUUUGAAAUGGCGCGCCACUAUGCUCCCACCACCAUCUUCAUCGAUGAAAUCGACUCGAUGUGCAGCCGCAGGGGAACCUCAGAGGAGCAUGAGGCCAGCAGGAGGGUGAAGGCAGAGCUGCUGGUCCAGAUGGACGGGGUGGGCGGGGCUUCAGAGAACGAUGACCCAUCCAAGAUGGUGAUGGUGCUCGCAGCCACCAACUUCCCCUGGGACAUCGACGAGGCCCUGAGGAGGCGGCUGGAGAAGAGGAUCUACAUCCCUCUGCCUUCCAUAAAGGGCCGGGUGGAGCUGCUCCGGAUCAACCUGAAGGAGCUGGAGCUGGCCGACGACGUAGACCUGGACAAGAUCGCAGAGCAGCUGGAGGGAUACUCAGGAGCUGACAUCACUAACGUGUGCAGAGACGCCUCCCUGAUGGCCAUGAGGCGACGGAUUGAGGGUCUCACCCCAGAGGAGAUCCGGAACCUGUCCCGGGACGAGAUGCACAUGCCAACCACCAUGGAGGACUUUGAGUCGGCUCUGAAGAAAGUCUCCAAAUCCGUAUCAGCUGCUGACCUGGAGAAGUACGCCAGCUGGAUCGAGGAGUUUGGAUCGUGCUGAGAAGAAAGCGACCCGAACAUUUAAAGAUGUUUUAGCGUGAGUUUGGCUGAGCAGUUUGAUGUUUAGAAAGUGAAGUAUUGCUGCGCUUGUUUUGUACAUAAUGUUCAAUCUGAGGCGGUAACAUUAACAGCCAAUCAGAAUUCAUUUACUUACUUUUAAUUACAAUUGAUGUUUUGAGACCAACAUUUCUGUCUUUUGGACAAUUUACAUUUCUAUAAAAGCAACACUAAAGAUAUUUCUGUAAAUAAAGUUAUUGUUCAA